AGUUCCGGUUUAAUUUGGCAUUAACGUUGUCUGCUGCCGUCAUCGUUUCUUCUAUUUCAUUUGACAUUUACUGACAUUUACUUCUAGGUGCUCUUGUUGGAAGUUUGAAAAUGCGAACAUAUCAAGAAGAACUGAAGUUCCUGGAAAAGGAAACUAGCAAUUGUUGGCACAUAAAGAAGGGUUUUGUUGACAAUAUGAAGGUUGAUGGAUACUUCUAUGUGAAUGCUUCGUUGGAGAAAUUAAUGUUUGAUGAACUCAAGCAGUCAUGCAACAGCAAAGGAUUCGGUGGGUUUUUGCCAGGAAUGAAACAAAUUGCUAAUGUGGCUGCACUACCUGGAAUUGUUGGGAGAUCUAUUGGUUUGCCUGAUGUACAUUCUGGAUAUGGAUUCGCUAUUGGAAACAUUGCAGCCUUUGAUAUGAGUGAUCCCAAGUCAGUAGUGUCGCCAGGUGGUGUAGGCUUUGAUAUCAACUGUGGUGUGCGGCUACUGAGGACCAAUCUUCACCUGAAUGACGUGCAAGCUCUGAAAGAACAGCUGGCCCAGUGCCUGUUUGAUCACAUCCCAGUUGGUGUGGGGUCAAAGGGCAUCAUUCCAAUGUCAGCUCAGAAUCUUGAAGAAGCUCUAGAGAUGGGGAUGGACUGGUCACUAAGAGAAGGUUAUGCAUGGGCUGAAGACAAGGAACACUGUGAGGAGUAUGGCAGAAUGCUGCAAGCUGAUCCUUCCAAAGUCAGCAGCAGAGCCAAGAAACGAGGGUUACCCCAGCUUGGCACACUGGGAGCAGGCAACCACUAUGCUGAGAUUCAGGUUGUGGAAGAAAUAUUUGAUGAAUAUGCUGCUAAGAAAAUGGGAAUUGAGUUCAAAGAUCAAGUGUGUGUUAUGAUACAUAGUGGGAGCCGUGGCAUGGGCCAUCAGGUGGCUACAGAUGCCCUUGUGUCCAUGGAGAAAGCCAUGAAGCGUGAUGAAAUUCAUGUGAAUGAUCGUCAACUGGCCUGUGCCCACAUCCAGUCAACAGAAGGUCAAGACUACCUCAAGGCCAUGGCAUCAGCAGCCAACUAUGCUUGGGUCAACAGGAGCAGUAUGACAUUUUUAACUAGACAGGCAUUUGCAAAAAUGUUCAACAGUACACCAGACGACCUUGACAUGCAUGUCAUCUACGAUGUGUCACACAACAUUGCCAAAGUAGAAGAGCAUUUUAUAGACGGUAAACAGAAGACGUUAUUAGUGCAUCGGAAGGGUUCAACAAGGGCAUUUCCUCCACAUCACCCCCUCAUACCUGUAGAUUACCAGCUGACCGGCCAACCAGUUCUGAUAGGUGGUACAAUGGGCACCUGUAGCUACGUCCUUACAGGCACAGAACAGGGGAUGGUGGAGACAUUUGGUACUACAUGUCAUGGUGCAGGAAGAGCUUUAUCCAGAGCCAAAUCUCGCAGGAAUCUAGAAUACACAGAUGUCCUUGAAGCACUCCGGCAACAGGGCAUCAGCAUACGAAUAGCCUCACCCAAACUGGUCAUGGAAGAGGCCCCUGAAUCCUACAAAAAUGUAACAGAUGUAGUGGACACAUGUCAUGCUGCUGGCAUCAGUAAAAAGUGUAUCAAACUCCGACCUAUUGCUGUCAUUAAAGGAUGAACCCUGACCUUUAACCCCACUCUACACCUAGAACAAGAAAGACAUUUAUAACCGCCUUUUGUGAAGGCCAAAGUGGUAGAUUUGUGUGAAGCAUUCACAUAUGUAUUAUAUAACAGUUCUGUUUUGCUGAUCAUGAUUUUGUUAUGCAAAUUAUGCAUGUAUACCCAAAUAAAAAUGAUGUGAAUUUACUGUUCUUUAGUUAAGUAAGUCAGAAACAUUUGUGGUGAAAUAUUUGAUAGUUUUGUGAGGAGUCUACACGUUUGGUUUAUUGUGUAGUAGAGAGCUACUGUUUCAGUUUCAUGUUAUUUAUAAUUGUCUUUUUAACAAGUCUUUGUUUAGUUGAUGAAACUGUCAUUUUUGUGUACAAGAAGUGGUCAUGAACUAACACAUAUGAUUACAAAGUAUGUCUCAUUUGGUUAAACUGUUAUCUCACCUGAAUACAGAUACCUGGUUAAACUGUUACCUCACCUAAACACAGGGACCUGGUUUAACUGUGUGAUAAAUCCAAUAAACAUUUG